ACAGAAGUCCACACUCAUGCCGUGCACGAUCAAGAUCCGUUUGGUGGAGGCGCGGGGGCUGCCGGUGGUGGAGCGCGCGUCCAAGGUAGCAGAUGCGUAUGUGGACAUUACGUUCGCUAGCUUCGAGGCGCGGUCGACCGUGUCGAAGAAGUCGUUGACUCCGCGGUGGGAUGAAGAGUUCCGGUUCGAUGUCGUGGACGACGCGGUGCUGCAGAGCCAGCCGAUCAUGUUCAAGGUGAUGGACCAUGACGUGUACACGACCGACGCGACGAUCGGUAUCGUGUACGUGGACCUGAACUGCAUCUUGAUGAAGGAAGGGUGCAGCGUCCAGGGAUGGUACCCCAUCUACGAUACAUUGUUGGGGGUCCGCGGCGAGUUGCAUCUCGUGAUCCGACUGCACUACUUUGGCGACAUCAAUCCGUUCCGCGAGUCCAGCGCGGGUGUCCAGUUCUUCUCGCUCAGUACCCUCGAUCCAGCCAUCUUCACGACGCAGCGCAUGCUCGGGUUUGUUGAGGAGCUCGUGGUGCAUGCCGACCCCGAGUAUUCGUGGAGCGAUUCGUUCCGAACGUCUCGGAAGAGCAAUGAGUAUCGGCAACUGCUACUGUACAAGCUGUCGUCGCAAGUGUCCACGAUGGUAGGGAAAAAGGCACUCGAUCUGGGUGGGAACGCCGUCUUGGGCUACCGCCAGUUCUUCGACGUGGAGGGGGACAGCGGCAUGGUCGCGCGGGCGUGCGGCACAGCCGUCUUCCUCGUGCCUACCACGGAUACGUCCGGUGUGGCGGCGCCGAUAGAUGGCGACGUGGACGCCCUCAUAUCGGGGCUGCUCAAGCGUAGUGUCGGCACGGACGACGCUGCGACCCUUCCGUCGCCAUCCGUUGAUGCCGCCGCUGGCUCCGCGGACCAAGGAAGCGGGUCACCGCGACUGGCCACGAUGGCGUCCCUGCGCAAGUUCACGAGCACAUUCAAGCCCCAGCGCACGACCAAAACGUUUGAGCUCGGGGCCCAUGAUGAGAUUCAACUGCUGACGGUGAAAGCAUUCCACCCAGACACGCGCGUGCGCCUCGGCGGCAUUGUCACGGCACGUUCCGUGAAAUUUCUUGGCAAAAUGGCGACCAAACUGGCCGACCAGGAGACCCGCGACUCGUGGUGGCUCGAGCUGCGUGAAGAGGUCCGAGCGCACGCGCAGUCGCUGCAGUGCUCGUUUGUGAUUGGCUAUAAUGAAUCGUGCACGAUCCACGACGACGUGUGUGUGAUGUCGGCAUGUGGCACCGCCGCUGUGGUCAAGUACCCCAAAAAGCCCCGCCGGCCCACCGCUGCCUUCCCGCCGGAUGCCACAGCCGCACCUCUGUCGGCCGCCGACGCCCUCGACGCAUCCCCCCAGCUCAGCCGAUCGGCGAGACGGCCGACCAAAGCCAGCAGCAAUCGCACAGUCUUCCACGAGUCCCCGUGCAUGAUGUGCCAUAUCCCGUACUCGCGCAGCCUCGCCCCGUUCUCCAACAUGCGCAUGGUCCGGUGUGGCGUGUGCGGUCGCAAGUGGGUGCCCGAGAUGCUGCUGUGCUCGACGGAACCCCUCUGCGGCAUGGCUAUCACAGGCUCGGGCACGUUCAUCCAAGCUCGAGUAUGCCGUCAGCGCCGUCGAGGCACGGGAGAUGCCAACGCUACGAUCGUGUCGGAAGCGCUGCCGUUCUUGGAGUACGAAAUGCAUCGGCAGCUCAUGGCCAAGAUGCGCGUCCUGGGUGUGAACGCGCUGUUUGGGUUUGAGUCACAAGUGCAAAUCAGUGGCGGGUUUGUGAUUGGGAUUAUCACGGGCACGGGUAUUUACUUACCAGCGCUCCCGAUGCCGCAACCGUUGCGCAUUACCCGCAACAUCGACGUCAAAGACGACGAAGACCGGCGGUUGGUGCAGUUGCAAUCUCAAAUCGAAGCCAAGAGCAAUCGCAACCGGGCGUUGAUGAAACAAGACGCAAAGUGUGUCGUGCCGCCCGAAUUCAAAGCCGAGCGCGCCAAAAUCGACUCGGACGACCGACUAGGCCACAAGCGCGCGCUUCGCAAGCUGAAAAAGAAGGACGACGUCAUUGAGCGCAAGCCGUCGAUGGAAGGAACCGUCGAGGUGCUGGUGGUAGCGGACGAGGACAAGGGAUCGUCGUCGGACUCGUCGUCAGAAUCGGAUGAUGAAGUGGUGAAUUCAGACUCGAACGGAGACAACAAGCACCCGUUUGUAUUGGAGAUCGACGACGAGACCGACGAGGACCUCAUGUCGGUACUCCUGGAGCAGCCGUUGCCUGAGGGCGUGUCGAUCUGCAACACGGACAGUCUGCCAGGGACGACCCAGCAUGGCGCCAACAUCCACCUGUUUCUGUCCAUGAAACGAGUGGAGUGGGACGAAGAGCACACGCGGGACACGCGCGUGAACGUGCUCUUUUCACAUGUGUUCAAGAUGCUCUUUACUAGUUUGCUGUUUAAACUGCGCGCGUUUGCACCGUGUGUUGUGUGUGGGCUCCGCACGCGGGUGGCACUUGCCGGCGACAACAUGAUUGAAGUGGUUCUGAUGGGGAUGGCCAUGUUGGCCGGGCCUGAGCUGCCGCCACUCGACUCGCUCCUUCCACUUGCGGGAAGACGAUCCACGUCGUUGGAACCAGACGAUGCCGACGACGACGACGGGGAGCCAUCCGAUCACUCGUCGCUUCGCCUGCAGAUCCUCCAGAACGCCUCGUCGUUUCGCCCGCCCCAGAGUCCGUCCGCGGACAUCGCCGCGUUUAUCGGCCCCCACGCCCGGGAAUGGAUCGAACUCACGCCGCUGUCGUAUGUCCCUGGCGCCAAGAUCUUGCGGUACCUCGGGCGCAUCACGCUGCACUUUAUCAAGGAGAGCUGGACCGUGCGCGAGUGCGGCGGACUCGGCGCGUUCUUCCAUCUGUUUCUGUCGGAAGCGAUCUCGGUUGUCCGCGCCCAUGUCCGCGCGUUAGGCGGCAACGCCAUGCUGAGCUUCCGCCUCGUACCGAUCGAGUCGAGCCAGCUGUACCGCAACCAAGUGUACAACAUGAUCAGCGUCACGGGGUACGUAAUGUAUAGCCAAUACAUAUGUAUACAGACUGGGGUAGGGAUGCGGUGCUGCUCGAGCGAGAACAAAGCCCCCUGCCCGUGGGAUGGCACACAAGUCCGGUGGCCCGUCUCCACAUGCCCCCAGUCGAUUACUUUGGCUCGAAUAGUACUGACGACCUGACGACCGCCCCAGACGAAUGAGAUCAGUCUGUCGUUGCACACAUGACGCCGAUGGCUUCGUCAAAGGGGGUGAAUGGGUGGCUAGGAGUGAGUUAUAAGUAGUACUCGGAGUAAAUACUAAGUAGUAGAAGAGCGAAUCUCGUGCAAUACUAUCGUGGGUAACGAUGACAGCAGC